AUCAGAGGUUCCUCAAGCCUUCUGUUUUUGUAUACAUAUAUUUGUGAUUUUCAUCUAUCAUGCUUACUGUUAGGAGUUCAUAUUGCUUGAUGAGAAUUUUGUGGCAAAAAUUACUGAUUUUGGACGAUUCAAGAAAGCUUGAUCAAACCCAUGUUACCACAAUAGAAAAGGGAACUUUUGGUUAUCUUGACCCUGAAUAUUAUCAAACUAGUCUGCUGACAGAAAAAUCUGAUGUUUAUUCUUUCGGUGUUGUUUUAUUAGAAGUUCUUUGUGCUAGGCCUGCGCUGGAUUCACCUCGUUCGAGGGAGAUGGUCAGCUUAGUUAAAUGGGCAAAGGAGUGUCAGACGAACGGACAGUCAAAACGAAUUAUAGAUCCCAAUCUUGUUGGCAAAAUAAGACCAGAUUCCCUCGGGAGGUUUGGAGAAACAGCGGUGAAAUGCUUAGCUGAAACUGGCGUAGACUGGCCAUCAAUGGGUGAGGUGCUGCAGAAACUGGACUAUGCACUUCAUCUCUAAGAGCCUGUCAUUCAAGAAAACACUGCCAUCCCUAUUCGCGAGCAAAUCAA